GCCGCCGUGUCAUUAAAAGCUUUCCAUCAAAGAGGUGUCAGAGAGUCGUCAGAGUCUAUUAAACGGUGACGGCAGGUAGGUCGAGACUCGUUUGAGGUCGACGCUAAGCAGCCAACACUCUGCGGAGGAGCCCGGAACGGAUGAAGGCGACGGUCUAAGUCUCGAACGCGGCCGGUUCCACGAACCUCGUUCGCCCUUGAUCCAUAGGCCCCCCCCCCUCCCAGGUCACCCAGCACGUGCAUCGUACACGUACACGUCCGCGAUUAUUGGUAUCACGAGGAUCACCAACGCUGCUGAUUUCCCCACCAACAACGGCCACAUGACUUGACGAUCGCCCCACCCACCGCUGUUCGUCGUUGAGUGAAGGCGGCGACAGUGGCUGAACGCGCGACACGUCACCGAGGGGAAUACGACAAGAACCACGACGACGACAACCACGGCGACGACCACGACGACGACGACGACGACGACGUCAGACGACACCGACGACGACCACGGGCGGUGGACGAGGAAAGAAGAACACCGCGGAGCAUCAGUAAACGGUUGCUCCUUGCAUAUCGCGGAGGGUACUUAAACCAGUGACAUACGCUGUUGGCAGUUCAGUCGGCAGCAGUCGGUCACCAGGUGCAAACCUCAACGCUCUGUGUACAUUUUUGUUUUGUUUCUCUUCGUCAUUUCUCGGCCCGGUUAUCCUUGUUCACCGAGCGUUGUAUCGUCGUGAUUCACCUUCCGUUACCGAUCGUGCGUUAUCACCCCGUCGUUGGUCGCCUGUGUGCUCUCGGGUGUGCCGUUGUUUGUUUGCCGUUGUUCCUUGUUAUCGUCGUCGCGUCCCACGCUGGUUGCAGUGGCGGUUUUCGUGGAUAGUGGUGGAUAACAGUGCCCCGAGUGUGAAACUGGAGCCGCUAAGCGGUAGCAGUCGAGAGGAAGAGCUAUCAUGUGCCCGCAGAGGAUUUUCGGACUGGCGAUCGUCGCGCUGGUGGCUCUGGGUGGACGUGCGACAGCAUACACGAAUCAGUGGGCGAUGCACAUCGAGGGUGGACCGGAGAUCGCUCAGCAGGUCGCGCGGGAGCAUGGAUUUCAAUAUCUUGACAAGAUAGUCGACGACUGGUACCACAUGGUGCACACGUCGGUGGUAAAGAGGUCCGUGGAACCGCACCUCGGUAUACACGAGAGGCUAACACAGGACCGAAGGGUGCGUCGAGCUGAACAGCAGCGAGUAAAGUCACGAACGAAACGGGAUCUAAUCAAACGCGGUCCGUCCAAUCUUCAGACUAUCCUCAACGACGAGAGGUGGUCACAGAUGUGGUACCUGAAUAGGGGGAACGGAUUGGAUAUGAACGUGCAGGAAGCGUGGGCCGAAGGAAUUACGGGGCAUGGAGUCGUGGUCACGAUACUUGACGACGGAUUGGAGAAAGAUCAUCCGGAUCUCUACAAAAAUUAUGACCCGCAGGCCAGUUACGACGUUAACAACCACGACGAGGAUCCAAUGCCGAGAUACGAUCUUUUGGACAGUAAUCGGCACGGGACUAGAUGCGCCGGUGAAGUGGCUGCAACUGCUAAUAAUUCCAUUUGCGCGGUCGGCGUCGCGUUCGGAGCUGGGAUCGGGGGGGUAAGAAUGUUGGACGGGGACGUAACGGAUGCUGUCGAGGCGAGGUCUCUCAGUCUAAAUCCUCAGCACAUCGAUAUUUACAGUGCCUCCUGGGGACCGGAUGAUGAUGGGAAAACAGUCGAUGGCCCUGGUGAACUUGCCACCAGAGCUUUCAUCGAAGGAGUCACGAAGGGUCGCAAUGGCAAAGGGUCGAUCUUCGUCUGGGCGUCGGGGAACGGCGGCAGGGACCACGACAACUGCAACUGCGACGGCUACACGAACAGCAUCUGGACGUUGUCCAUCAGCAGCGCCACCGAAAACGGUCAGGUGCCAUGGUACAGCGAGGCCUGUUCCUCGACCCUAGCCACCACUUACAGUUCCGGCUCGACGGGCGAGAAGCAAGUGGUGACCACCGACCUGCAUAACCAUUGCACCAGCAGUCACACGGGAACGUCUGCAUCGGCGCCCUUGGCCGCCGGUAUUUGCGCCCUUGCCCUCGAGGCGAACAAAGAGCUGACUUGGAGGGACAUGCAGCAUAUAGUUGUGAGAACAGCGAAACCGGCGAACUUGAGAGCUCCGGACUGGGUGACAAACGCCGUUGGGAGGAAUGUGAGUCACAGUUUCGGAUAUGGGUUGAUGGAUGCCGCUGCCAUGGUACGUUUAGCCAGAAAAUGGCGGACAGUACCGGAGCAACACAAGUGUGAAGUUUCAGCACCUCACACGGGCAGGCCAAUACCACCAAAGAGCCAGUUAACUCUGGAAUUGAACGUCAAGGAGUGUAGCGGUGUUAAUUUUCUCGAGCACGUGCAGGCGAAGGUGUCUCUGAUGGCCUCGAGAAGAGGGGAUCUUCAGAUACAACUAACGUCUCCGCAAGGCACCAAGAGCACCCUGCUCGCGAAAAGGCCGCACGACAUCUCGAAAGCCGGUUUCAAUCAAUGGCCAUUUAUGUCGGUUCACACUUGGGGCGAAAGGCCGCACGGCACGUGGAAACUAGAAAUCCACAAUGAGGGUCGAUAUCAAGACAAUCUAGAACAAUUCAAGCUAGUACUCUACGGCACGGAGACAUCCCUAGAGUUCGAAGACGACCUGGACCGGGACAAGCCUGGACCGCCGGUGAACCAUCAGGAGGCGAUACAGGACAACUCGGCGAUCGGCGCCAGGCACAAUGCGGUGGAGACGGAGGGGGAUCCGUGGAUGGGCAGCCAGCAGGUAGAUCGGGUGUCUCAUCCAGAGGUACAAAGACCGACGACCGAGAACCAGACGAGCGGUUGCAGUUCCGUGGAAGCUGCUAGUGGCAGGUGCCUAGGUGGGUGCCUAAUUCUACUCCUUCUAGCCUACCUGACCGGCGAAGCCAGCUGGGGGAACGUGGUAACCAGCUGGCGGGAGCCAUCGAACGUACGUAGUCGUAGCGAUCUCGAGGUGUACGACACCACGAAUCCUCCAGCCACGAUAACGUCGAGCAAAAGAAUGUCCUCUCUCGUGUUCAACGUAAGCCCAGCGAUCGACAGGUCAUCAUCGAGGGCUACGCGGUGCUCAUGAUGACAUCCCCGGACGAUCGACACGUUCACCUCUCGGGGCACGGUUUAAACCGACCACUUCGCCCGCCCCGUCCCCCCAAAAGGUGUCGACGCGUUCGUUCGAACUGAGUGUGUUGUGAUUCCCUGAGACACGAGCCGACUACGGAGAGACACCACCACACACACGUACACACCCGUGCCGCUCGGUGGUCUCCAAUCUUCUCCUAGGACGUGUUUUCACGUCCGGAGACGCGGACUCCCGAGAAUGUGCUGAACAUCGAGCUUAAAAAAAAAAUAAAAAAAUGAGAGAAGUCCUACAAGGGCCUGUCCGA